AUGCAACUGCACAUUUACCUGCAGAUGCAAUUGCAAUUUCAACGGCAACUGCUUAUUCAACUACAAAAACAACUGCACAGCAACUUGCAAAUGCACAUGCAAAUGACAUUGCACAUAUCAACUGCCACUGCAACUGAACAUAUAAAAGCUACAGGAACAGCACUUACAACUGUACAUGCAAUACGUAAAAUUCCAGCAGUAAAUUUAACUACAGAUGCAACUGUAAAUGUACAUGUUACUGCAACUAGACCGCCAACUGCAACUGCAACGGCAACUGCAUAUGAAACUGCAGCUUACACGGGAAAUACACAUGCGAUUGUAACUUUAAAUGCAACAGCAUUUGCCCUUGCAAUAACUGCAUAUAAAACUGCAGCUAGACUAGCAACUUCAACUGCAACUAAAACUGCACAUACAACAGAAUCUGAAUAUACAACUGCGCAUGCUACUGCUACUGCAACUGCGCAUGCCACUGCAACAGCAAAUAAGACUGCAACUGAACCUGUUUACAAAACUGCCUCUACAAAAGCAACUUUUACUGACACUGCAACUCCACAUGCAACUUUAGAUGCCACUGCAGAUGCAUCUGCACAUAUAACAGCAACUGCAACUGCAAUUGCAUGUGAAACUGCAACUAUUGCCAGGUUAAAUGUAUGUGCUGUACCUCAAGAGCAUUUCAAAUUUAAAUUAACCUGCACAUGCUACUGCUAUUGGUCAUGCAACUGCACACAAAAUCGCCAAUGCCACUUCACUGCAACUGCUACGGCCACUGCCCUUACAACUGCAACUGCAUCUGCAGCAGCUCUUGCAACUGCAACUGCAACUGCAUCUGAAACUGCAAAUACAUAUGUUACUGCCGAUGCAACAGCAAAUGCAAAUGCAACAGAAACUAGACAAGCAACUGCAACUGUAAUGCAACUGUAA